UGGACCAUUAGACAAGCAGUCCCAUCGAAACACCACAUACAUACCUCAAGAUAAUCAAGGACAUGGAUCAAGGAGUGGAACUCGUCCAAAAGCUACAAAGCUCUAUACCUUCACCCAAACUUCUUUAUUUUGUGAUGGAUGAUUGGUUAUUGGUUCAUAAGAAUUCCUUUGAUCAUUUCAACGAAGACGGUGAACCUUUCAUUAGUCAGGUGUUCCUCAUCGAGAUCAAGACCGGUCGAUAUAUUCAUCGAUGCCAAGGCCAGAAAGUGGACCAUGGAACAGCAAUCGAGUUGCAGGUCUUGACGGCUAAGCUGACCCAUGCUUUUCAAGGCACGAAACCCUGUCUUGGAUUCUUCAUACAAGAAGACAGUAGUGAUGAUGUUGAUCCCUUAAGCUCCACGACAGUACGGGAAUUUCCUUUCCGAAGACAGACGUCUCGAGAUUGUCAAUUUCAUUACAAAGUUCCAAGUGUGAAGUCCGAAAAGAGUGAAGAUAGAAAACAACGGUGUUCCCCAUGUCAAGUGCUUUGGCAAGAAAUUCAUUCCAGUCCCCUAAACCCCUCUGAUACUCACCUCGAUGGUUCUGAUAUUGACCUCCAAACUGAUGCUCAAUCUAUAGUGGUCGAUAUUUUAAGAAUCAAGCCAGAGAACGAUGAUGUAGAUGGACCUUCAACUCCUUAUGGAUCUUCUUAUGACUCCAGUGAAGCUGUGCGCCAAGAGAUCUUUUCCAAGGCCAAAGAAGUAUUUAAGGGUCACAACUCUGACGGUGAGGAAGAUCAAGCAAACCUUGAUCUAACACAUAGCCUUGACACCAUGGACAUUCAAGACGAUCUGUGUGAAGAUAAGGAAGUGGUGGCAAACAAGGACAAUCCUCAUUCGAUGAAUGUGUCAAACGCUUCAGACGAACCAUCCAGUAGCAUUUUCAAUAUCGGGCAAUCCAGUACUACCGGUAGUGAACACGUCUGCAUGUGUUGCUCCCAACCGUUUCCCUCCCUGCAGGCCCUAACCUGGCAUCGCAAUAUGAUACAAUGCCAGUCUAAGAAAUCAAAUGAUGUUGAUAUCAAGUCCUCCGUGCCCGAAUCUGGAAGCAGUACUAACGUAAGGAGGUCGAGAAAUCGAUGUCUUUGUUGCUCUAUCGUGUUUCCAAAUAAUCGGCAACUAGUCGAGCAUGGAAAGGAACGACAAAAAGAAGAACGGGCCCGCCGCAAAGUAGGUUGUCGUGAGUGUGGCGAACGACCCUUCAGGACCUUCAAGGAGCUGAUUCAACAUUAUUCCAUCCAACAUCCAGAGAAGGUGGAAAAUAAUCAAGAGUAUCUACCCCAAAGCCAAGAAUUGGAAACAAUGAAGGAGCCAAAGACUUGUUCUAUCUGUGAUGUAGUCAGUAAUGGCCGCACCUUGAAUAGCAGGCACAAAGAGAAAUAUCAUGUGGUGGGAAAUUAUUUGUGUAGUACUUGCCAGGAACCUUGUUUAACUUACUACGACUUGAUGAUUCACCGCUUCCAAGCUCACCUGAAAGCCACGGAUUCCAUUCCCAUCAGUUAUAAUGGCUUAAGCACCUGUGCGGAUGAAGAUGGUAAGAUAUCGUACAAAACGGACGGUCUCGUGUGUCAAAUCUGUUCCGAGUCGUUUAAAUGUAAAAAAACUUUUGCUAGUCAUCAAAGAAGAGCUCAUUCUUGGGGCAGAAUGAGGUGCAAACCGUGUGGUGAGUGGAGUAAUUAUGCCCAAGACAUCUCCGCUCAUACGUUACAUUUCCACAAAGACAAGCCCGAGGUUCUAUGUCCUAAUUGCGACGAAGUGAUCGAUUUGAAAGACAAUCCAGCCGCCUUUGAUCUUCAUUUUCCCACUUGCUGUCCCUCCCGGGCAUACAGAAGAAGGACUUUGAAUAGUCCGUUUCAGUGUCCGCUUUGCGAAAAAAAAUACUCCCUCAAACACAGUUUGAAAGCCCAUCUGAAGAUGCAUCAAGGGAUCUUCAAGUAUCAAUGUGAAUAUUGUGGGUUUGGUGCCAACGUAAAGCAUACUUUCGUUCGGCACAAGAACGUGCAUUUGCGGAAGAUGGGCCUUUUGACAGAAGCGGAUCAUUUGCGCGAAUGUAAAGUUUGCGGGAAAAAGCUCGUGAACAAGGAAGCAGUCUAUCACCACAUGCGCAGAGUGCACCAAGAACAGAAGCCGGUUUCCCAAUGCAAGCAAUGCGGAGAGUCUUUCGUUUACUCGAGUGCUUUAUAUAACCACAAAAUUAGAGUGCAUGGUCAUGUGCCAAAAUCGAAGGGGUCCAAGUGUGGAAAGUUUGGAUCUCCUGGACAUCGGAUAUUGAAGGCCAUAUUGAACCAACCCAUAAUUGGGCACCAACCAUUGAGUUGCGAAGAAGAGAAGCAACCCAUCGGACCAAAAGUCAUAAAAGUAAACUAUAAAUGAAAUGUGAAUCCAUUAUUGAAUUGACGAGUCGAGUGGCCAAGAUUGUCAAGAACAAAUUUCGAACAUUGAGCGAUGAACAUACCCAUGAUUAAAUAUUUUCAUCCAUA